AUGUCCCUAGAAAUCCACCCAGCCGACCCCACCGACGCGUCCGCGCUAACAGAACUCUUCUACGCCGCCUUCACCGGCCCCUUCAACGAAAGAAUGUUCCCACGCGCACCAGACGUAACAGAAUGGUGGGAGAAGAAUUUCCACGACAGCAUCGCGGGCUCCAUCGCCGGCACAAGCAACGAGGUGAAUCUCAAAGUGACGUCAGGGUCGACGAUAGUCGCGUUCGCGCGAUGGAAGGUUCCCGGCGCAGAUCAGGAUCGACAUGAAGAGGUUGAAGUGAAUUGGGCGCCGAGUUGUGAUAAGGAGCUUUGUGAGAGGUUUUUCUCCGGCAUGGAGAGUCAGCAUAGGGUUUUGUUGGGGGGGAGGAGGCAUUAUUAUCUGGAUAUGCUUGGCGUUCAUCCGUCGCAGAAGGGACGUGGGCUGGGCUCGAAGUUGCUGAAAUGGGGCCUUGAGAGGGCUGAUGCUGAGGGGUUGGAGGUUUACUUGUCUGCGUCGCCGGAGGGAAGGCCGAUGUAUGAGAAAUAUGGGUUCCGGGUUGUUGAUGUUCUUGUGCCGUGUCCUGGGUACGAGCAGGCGGCGAUGCUACGAGCGCCUUACGGGCGAUAG